AUGGAAAUGAAAAUGAAGCAACACAAAUUCUCGGCGAUAUAUUUGGCGCAAUCGGAGAAAAGACGAAGCGCUUUUAAAGACGUUAAGACAGGUAAACCUCUGAAUAAUUGGAUGUGUGCUAAUGUGCAGUGCGAAUUACAACUUAUGGAUCGUUUCACGGGUAUCACUUCAUGUGCCGAUCUGGUUGAUCCACUUCGUCGAUCAUUGGUGCCAUCGUUUUUACAUAGUUGGCCAGCAUUUGUAGGAUUUCCACCACCAAUGUUGAAUGUUUCUCAUGGAUCAGUUGCCGAUAUGCUUUUACGACCUUGUUCUCGAGUAUCGGAAUCAACGAGUGGUUGUGAAGCAUCUGCAAGUGAUGAGCAUGUUUCAUCAGAGUUGGUUGCUGAUGAAGUCGAUGAAAUUGUCGGGAAAGAAGUGGUGCAACAGUCACAACAGCAACAGCAGCAACAUCAACAACAACAGCAACAACAAAAACAACAGCAGCAGCAGCAGUAUGAUGAGACGACAGUUAUCGAUGAAGGAAUUGUCAAAUUUGAUGCUGCACCAUUCAUCGAAAGUGGUGAUUUGAAAGGGAAAUCGAUAACUCAGACAACAAAAGGUAAUGGUAAGAGACGAGUCCAAUGCUUGAAAUGUUUCAAAACAUUCUGUGAUAAAGGGGCACUGAAAAUUCAUAACAGUGCAGUACAUUUGAAAGAAAUGCAUAAGUGUACAGUAGAAGGAUGUGAAAUGAUGUUUUCAUCAAGGCGAAGCAGAAACCGACAUUCAGCUAAUCCUAAUCCAAAGCUGCACACCUCCGCAACACAACGACAAUUCGAUUCAUUCAGUGGUGAUGAUUCGCGUGACAGUUCUGUUCCAAAAAUGGAUAAUCUGCUAUAUUUUGCCGGUUCUUCGGAAGCAAGCGUAAGUGCUCAUUCGCCACUUUCACAAAGCAAUAGUGAUACUUCCAUAUCAACACGACUAAAAUUAACUUCAGAAAAGAAUACCCAUUUUGGAACCCGUAAACGCAAGUGUGAUAGGCCCGUUAAAUUGGCAGUUACUAAUGAAAUAACAGUAAGCAAUUUGCAGGCAAAACGAGAGCUAUAUAGUUCUGCUGUAGCAAGAGCAGUACCAGCGGUAUCACAAUACAGUAGUGAAACAUCGUCAACUGCACCGCUUGAUCUUACAAAUGGAAAAGCAGAUCCGAAGCAACUUUCUAGUGCUGUUACGGUUGAACCUACCAG